AUGAGUGUUUUCGCGCCGCAAGCAGCUCAUCGAGGGCGUCGUCAGUCAAAGAAGUCUACCGGCGUUGCCAGAGACGAUUCAGACGAUGAGCUCGGCAUAGAUGAUCUUCCGUGGGAAUGGAUCCUUAAGUCCAAUGACGCGGAUGCCUCACAGGACCAUGGCGACGAUGCGCAAAUCUCUCGAAAGCGAAGGAGAGCCAACCCUGAGACGCAGAUUGUGGGGGCCCGAAUGGGUCAAUUUGAGUGCCACGUUGGCGACUGUGUUCUUCUGAAGGCGGAAGGGUCCAACGAAGCCUGGGUUGCCAUAGUCUGCGAGUUCUUAGAGGAGGAAGAUGGUGAAAAGGCAGCCAACUUCAUGUGGUUCUCGACAGAGAAAGAAAUCCGCAACAAGGAGAGGAAACGCUCGGAUUUUCUGCCUAAUGAACUAUACAUCUCACCUUCGUGGGAUGUAAAUCCGUUGGCCGCUGUCAACGGCACAGCCGUUGUGAUAUCUCACCAAGCCUUCCGUCAAAGGUAUCCGUCGGGUAAAAUACCUCGAUCCUCACCCGAUUUUGGUAAGACCUUCAUCUGCCGUCGCGCAUGCAACACAAGAACAGCAACCUACACAGAUGAGUUUGUUUGGGAAGAAGUAUAUCAUGCAAGUGAGCAGAGCGUUUCUGAACUGAUCGGGUUCGUCAAAUCACAAACAAAGUCGUCGCGACAUGGCCUGGCAGCGAGGCAAUCAACGCCGGAGCAGUCUUACAAGAUGACAUCAGAUCGUUUGGGGGGGCCGUCUACACCAAAACGAACCCCGAGGGCCGAACAUCCAACGCCCAAAGGAGAAACCCGAAUAACGACGACACCCGGGUCUCGCAAACGGGUAAUGGUGAAGAAAACGCUAGAAUUCACGCCUUUAGGUACGAGGAAACUGUCACUAGAGCGUUUGCAGUCUUCGCCCUUCCAGCUGGCUCGUUCCCAACUUCACGUUGCCUCAGUACCGAGAAGCUUGCCUUGCCGAGAAAGCGAAUUCAACCUGGUGUAUUCACACCUAGAGGCAGCCAUUGCGGAUGGUUCAGGAAGCUGUAUCUACAUCGCCGGCACUCCGGGGACGGGGAAGACAGCCACUGUUCGAGAAGUCAUAUCUCGCCUAGAGGAUAGCGUGAAGGCUGAUGAACUUGACGAUUUCAUCUUCGUGGAGAUCAAUGGCAUGAAGAUUACCGACCCCCACCAGUCCUACACCCUCCUAUGGGAGGCACUCAAGGGCGAGAGAGUUAGUCCUACACAAGCCAUCGACCUCUUAGAGAGAGAGUUCAACAAUCCAAGUCCUCGCCGGACUCCGUGCGUUGUCCUGAUGGAUGAGCUUGACCAGCUGGUGACGAAGAACCAGAGCGUCAUGUACAACUUUUUCAACUGGCCCGGACUUCGACAUAGCAGGCUCAUUGUCCUAGCCGUCGCCAAUACCAUGGACCUUCCGGAAAGAACUCUGAGUAACAAAAUCAGCAGUCGCAUAGGCUUGACAAGAAUUACCUUCCCAGGUUAUAACCAUGAGCAGCUCAUGAAGAUCAUUCAGUCUAGGCUAGAGUGUGUACCCGGAAGCAUCGUCGAGGCAGACGCUAUACAAUUUGCCAGCCGGAAAGUGGCUGCAGUAAGCGGCGAUGCAAGAAGAGCCCUGGACAUCUGCAGACGAGCUGUAGAGCUCGCUGAAGGUGACAGCCGUGUCGAGACACAUGCAGGUGACCCCGAGGCACGACGAUCAACCCCGAGCAAAGGCAAAACAGCAGAUGCACCAGUCAAAGUGACCAUCGCCACGAUUAAACGUGCCAUCAACGAGGCCACGACCAAUCCUGUGCAACAGUACCUUCGAUCUCUGCCUUUUGGACCCAAGCUACUCCUAAGCUCAUUAUUAGUCAGAAUACAAAGAAACGGCACUGGCGAGACGACUUUUGGCGACGUAGUGGACGAACUACGCCGUAUCAUUAAGCUGGACACGGCAACUCUUGAAUCAAGUGUUCUCUCGGCUUUGUCGACGGGGCCAUCAGGAGGUGAUGUCGGUCAAGGUAAUGAUAGUAUCCGGAUAGUCCAGUCUCUGGCGCUUCCUCAGGCGGCGCUUGAACUUGUGGGUGCUGGCAUCAUUGUACUAGAAGCGCACAAGCCGGAACGACCAAGCAAGGUGCGUCUUGCUGUGGGUGACGAGGAGGUCAAGAUGGCGUUUCGAGACGAUGGAGAAGUAAAGGCCUUGGGCUUGUUUUGA